UAUACAAAAUUACAAAUGUACAAACUACAAUACAAAUUGAUACAAAUUACAAAGUUAAAAAUAAAAACUUUAAAACGAAAUUUAUGUACUUGGAAUUGAUUUUUCAGUGUUAUUUCGAUGAACUUAUCUGUAAAUAAUCUAUUCAUAUUGUCAAAGCACUAAGAUUAACAAUAAAGCUAUUACAAAUAUGGCAAAGGAGAAAUUUCAAAAGUAUGUAAUAUCUUUAGACGCUGUUGAUGUCAGUCUUUUGCCUAUCAGUUAUCAUUCUAAAUUUGACAAUGUGGCACCGCUUUGGACGAGAAAUAAUCUUGACAUGCGAAACGAUGACUACUAUGAGUUUGAAAUUAAAAAUGUUGAUGCAAAACUUGAUGAUGAUCCAGAGGAUGAAAUAAUUAAAAUACCUUGCCAUAUAUGUAAUAUCGACGUGCCUGUACCGUUUUUGAGACAACACAUUGAUAGUAACAAACACACGAUUAACAUGAAAAUAGCAGACAUGGCUGUGGAAAGAUUGAAAAAGUCAAUGCAUCAUCACAGUGUCUGCAACGAAGAAACGCAUCCUACGCUUCACUUCUGUCCAGCUUGCGUAACCGUUAUCAAAUUAAAAGAUAAAACAAAUCAUGAAAAAUCAAUCGCGCAUAAAAACUCAUUAGUAGUCAAUAAAUUUUUAAAUGAUUUCUAUAUUUUGUACACGAAUGAUACGAAUUGUGACGACGAUGGCAAUUUAGAUGAGAAUAUUGACGAUAUAAAUGAAUCUAAUGAUCGAUAUGUUCAAAGAACGAACGUCGUGAAUGAUAAUGUCGAUCGCAGUAUUGAUUCACUUAGUUUUAAAAGCGCAACAGAUUCUGCUUCGAUGAUAAAAGAAAGUGAUCAUGAUACAUCUGAUAAAAACAAGAAGAAUAAUGAUAUUAAAACAAUAAAAGAAAUGAAAAAGGUAAAUAACACUUCUGUAAAUGUUUUUGAAAGUGUCGAAGAUAAAGCAACAGUAGGAGAUGCUUCUAAAGAAACUUCUAGUCCUAUAAAAAAAGAGAAUAUUAAAAAGAAAAAGGCUAAAGCGAAGAGUAAUGCGGGAAUCGCUCAAGAUCUCGUUGUCGAAGCUGAGAAGAUUCUAAAUCACCGCCAAAGUUCUAUUUCAUCGUCUUCUAUCGAAGAUAAGGUCACCGAAGAAGCUUCUAAAAUUGAUUCUGAAUUUAUAAAAGUAGAGAAAAACAAAUCGAAAAAAGCAAAAAAAAAUAAUAACCAAGAUAUAGUACAAGAAUAUAUUAAAAGCAUCGAUUUCGUAUCUGUUUUCGCUGAUGAAGCGACCAAAACGAAAAAAUCUAAAACGAAAAUUAACCAAGAAGUUGUACAUAUUUCGAAAGAACAAAAACACAACGGCAAAAGUGUCGAGUCGUUGUCUUUUUUGGGAGAUUAUAUAACAGUACAAGACACUUCUAGAAACGCCCCUGAAGUUAACAAAACAGAAAAUAACAAAACGAAAAAAUCGAAAAACAAGCAAGAUAUAUUAGAAAUUUCUAAACAGGCAAAAGAUAAAACUAGACCAACCGAUUCAUUGUUUAUCGUCGAUAAUCUCACAAAAGGAGCCUCUGCAAGGGUUCUGGAAAUUUCCAAAACGGGAAAAAAGCAGACAGAUGCCCAAAUAAGAAUUAAAACGACAGAAAAAAAUGAAACAAAACGCACAGAUAAAGAACAUUUAUGUAAAAUAUGCAAUCAAGACGAGAACAAAGAUCACUCCGUCUGUUAUUACUUGUGGAUUAAAUUAUGCGAAAGAUUCGAUACAGACGAUGAAAUUACAGACGAUUUCAAUGAUCUACACUACCACUUGGUGAUGAAAUGCAAUUCACCGUUCUGUAUGGUCUGCAAGGUUAAUUUCUACGGUGAUAUUGAUGUCAUAGCUCACUUAUUGAGCGAGGAACACAUCAACAGGUACAAAAUGUUGAUAAGCGAACAUUAUUUGACUUUAGACAACGAUUUGACAACAUGUACCGUUUGUGAUGUUAAAUUUAAGAAGGAAUUUGAAUUGCUGCACUGCGAAGACAUCAAACAUAUAACUAAACAGGAGAAGUAUAAAAGGAUAUUGAGCAAAACGAACGCGUAAUACAUUUUUAUGAAUCGAUACAACUGAUUGAAGAUCACCAGCAUUAUUCUUGUUGUACAAGCUUUAUUAGUCUGAUUGAUCAACCUUAAAAUGAGACUUCAAUGAUAUGCGAGGCUCUUACCGUUAGAUUGAUAUCAAAUAAAAUCAAAUAAUUAUAAAGCAUUAUCCUGGAACUAUGCAGUAGGAUAAUAUUCGACAGUACUGAUUUUGACUCAAACUUCAGUAGAUAUAUUGAGUUUCAGUUCAUUGGUAUGUUCACAAUGAAUAUGUUUCAGAAAGAUAUAUGUUUUGAGUCAGCUCAGUGGUUCGGUUCGAUAGAGUUUUGACUUUUUAGUAAAACUUGCUAAAACGCUUACAGUACUGAAACUGGUAGAAAACCUCACGUAAAGCAGGGCCGGAUCUACCAUAUGGCUUUUUGGGCUUCAGCCCAGGGCCCCGUGGAUCAAGGGGCCUCCAACUAAGUCAAGUCAAAAUCAAUAAUAGACGAUAAUGCGAAAUAAUUACCUAAUUUAACUAAAUUAAACAGAUCGUAUGGUUUUAUGCGAAUCCUGCUUUUAAUGCGCCCUAAACACACGGUCCGGCCCUGACGUAAAGAAAAAACGAUCGACCAACCACCUUUCCGUCUUACUCUCUAUCGCUCUGUCCCUUUCUAUUUUUCACGGUCAUAUAAAAUAAUAUUUAAAGUUUCUCUGGUAACAAUUUUGUUUAUUGUUAUGUUAUUAUUCUCAAAAGUUGAUUUAUUUUAAUAUCUUUUAUUUAAUACAUAAUAUUAAAAGCAAAGAACUUCGAAAGCAACUUCGUCUCAACGGGUCGUCGUUCGGGUCGAUACAUUGUGAAUGUUUGCAACUUUAAAAUAAAGUAAUCCUCGUUGACCUGGUCGAAUACCUCAUUAGACUCAAAGGCUCUAAGUUUCCAGAAAUUCUAAGUACCGGUCUGGAGUUUGGAAGUUAGUGUCUCAUUCCUGUGACUUCUUAAGCUGUUAAAGCUGUUGUAUCUGAAGUUUGUGGUCGUGACCAUGUUUGAACCCACGCUGCUGUACUUAAAUAUGAUCUACGUAGUCUUCUUGACCCAUAUCGGCGAUGGUGCCCAAUAAGACUAAGAAUCAGAUAACUACGCAGAACACAUUUUGGUACCAAGUGUGUGUGCGAACACCGGUGUACUCUAAUUCUUCACUCUUAAACUCAGAUGGGACGUCAUAUCCACAAGACUGCAAAUAGUUACACGUGUUUCCGUUUCGACGUGCAAUGUACACACUUAACUUCUAGACUUUUGCUACUGAGAUCUUUACACAGAAACCCGAUAACGAAGAACGAGAAAGGGAAGCCAGACAGACUGGCGCCGUAACGCGUUACGUAACGAAGCGGCUUACCCUCCCAUAAGAAGUUAUCACUUCAAAAAUAUAUGUUCUGUAUUAUUUAGGCAAUUAUGAAGGCAGCAUCUAACUUUUACCCUCUGUCAUGUUACGUAUCUACUGUACAAUUUUUCUUAUGUGUAUAUUAUAUUCUAAUUAUUAGUAUUAAGCAAAGUUGUGAAUUGGUUAAAAAUAAACAAAUUCUGCAAGAGGUAACUCGAAACUAUGCAAGUGGAUCGUUAAUUGAAUCGCUCUGCUGAUGGAUCGGUGAGGUAACUUACAGAAUAUCUCUGCACCAGUGAAUCGAAAAGGUCCAGUGCUUCGGACACGUCAAAUUAAACGUCAAAAGAUUAAAUGUCAUCUAUCUGUAUCACGUAUUCGGCGUUUUAAGGAAAACAACGUGAUGUUUAAUCAUGUGUCAUACCGAAUCAUAAGUUGACAAAUCCUUGCCCAGCUGUGGGACUAGAACUAACAUCGUAAGAUACAAAAUUAUAUCGAAAUACUCUUUUAAUCUAUAAGUUUUGUAUAAAAUAUGAUUUAAAUCGGAUAUAUUUUUCAGUAAAUUUUAUCAAAUGUCAACUAUUUUUUUUGAAUUCUCUAUACAAUAAGGAUAAAUUUUAUAGACAUGUUUUUGUACAUAAAUUUUUUUAUGCA